AUGUUAAAAGUUGAUUUCAAAAAUUAUUUUGAAAAUAAUUUUUCACCAAUAGCAAAAAUUAAUACAACAAUUACACCAUUAAGAUGGGUAACAACAGCAAUGGAAAAAUUUUCUGCACGACCACGUUUUGUUCGAAUUAUGGCACAAGAAGGACAUGUCGUACUUUUACGAGCAUUUAUUCUUGUACAAGAACGAACAUGGAUUGUAGUUAAUAUGAAUACAAUGACAAUGAGUCCAUUAAAAUGUGAAAAGAUUGUUAGGUGA